UUUGGACUUGAGUAAAUGUACUUAGUUACAUUCCAGCGCUGCUGUGCAGCCAGCAGGUGUGCCCCCGCUCCGCCCGGUUACAGGUGGGGAUUCCUGUCUGUCCUGUCCAGUCGCCUCCUCCUGCUGGAAGAGCUGCAGCAGCUGGGAGAGGCGCUCAGAGCCAGCAGACGCAGCAGACACAGCAGGAUGGCUUCCAACACGGGCACCAUGGCCAACCUCCCCAGAGGGAUCGGAAUAUGUACCACCAUCCCCGACAUCUUCUACCUGCCAGAACUGAUUUUUGGCGGGUUGGUGUGGAUCCUGGUGGCGUGCACGCUGGUGGUGCCGGCGAACCCCCAGGCCUGGGUCAUGUUCGUGUCCCUCUUCUGCUUCAUCAUGACCUUCGUCUGGAUGGUGGUGUUCGCCUGCGACGGCCAUCACAACAGCAGCAGCUGGGCGGCAGCAGACUUUGCGUAUCACGGCAUCGCCGCCUUCUUCUACCUCAGCGCCGCUGUGACUUUGGCCAAAGUGACCCUGGACUACAAGGACGGGCCCUUCACCACAAACUACAAGCUGGACAUCUCUGCAGUGGUCUUCUCAUACGUGGCGACGCUCCUCUACUUCAUCCACACCAUCCUGUCGGCCAUCCGCUGGAAGUCCUUCUAGCAGCGCGCUGAUGCUGACGGAGUCUGACUGCUGAGGUUUUUCAUUCAGGAAUCUGUGAGGCAACAUCUGGAUCACCGUCACAUCGCUCAGUGUCCGGCUGGCUGAAGCACCAGGGGUUUCGGGGAUUUAAAGUGACGAUGGUUGUGUCAAAUGAAGGAGUUCAGUCAACGGCCAGAGUCACAAAAAACACAAACCAUUUGAAUCUUUGUCACACUGGUUUUACUGCAGGGCUAUUUUUGAGGGUUUCGAUUAUUCUGUCCACCCUCACAUGUUGUCAUGUGCUCCUCCUCAGCCUCUUUACCGCUUUCCCUUUAGUUACAUGGUUUAGUUUGGUCUUUUUGUUUUGCUCUCAGGUGAUUUUAUAUUUUUAUAAGUUGUCCUAACACAAGAAUCACAUUAAAAGUGGAUCAGUCCAGAUGUUUUUGCAGGUUUAAGCCUUCAUAACUCCGUUUACACUUUUAUUAUUGUAAAACAUUUUGAGACUGCUAAAGUCAAUGAAAAAUCAAUAAAUGGGUUUGUUUUGAAAAAUGUGAAACAAAAAGUGUUUUGGCCACUUUAUUUAACGGACCAAAAGUUAAGAUUCAGGAUUGUUUUGUAGAAAAAUCAUCAAAAUUCAUAGAAACUGGAAAAUUUCGCUCCGCCUUUGUAGCAGAAUAAAAAUUGCAAUGCUUAGUA